CAAACUUGCGAUGACGGUGGUGUACGAGGUGCUCGUCCGAUGCGAAGAGACCGUGGCCGACCGCUUGUCUGCGUACAUGACGGGGCGCCACUUGCCCGAUAUACUCAACACGGGAUGCUUUGCCUCGAUUGAGUUCGAGCAAAGCGCGGCGGGCGUGUUUCGAACGCGGUACAAGGCCGCGACGCAAGCUGACCUCGAUCGGUACUUGGCCGAACACACUGCGGCCAUGCGCGACGACUUCAUGGCACACUUUCCCACGGGGGUGUUGGGUGUCGAGCGCGUGAACUGGACCCACCUCGUCACGUUGGACGCAGCCAAGAUCGCCUAGGUUCGUUCAAAGUGCCUCCUCCCUGCUGCCACAUCGACGACGUUGUCAGCACUGCGUUGGAACCGUCCUAUGCAAGUAUGCAUGUUUCACGGGCGGCAACAUUCGUAGCAAGCAUCGCACUAAGUUAAUUCAGUGACAGUACAACUGGCAAGCGAUCCCG